AAGCUUGCGGAACAGGAAUUAAAAAACGCAUUGAACCGGAAGCCCAACAAUAAUACAGCUAAAAAUGUCAUCCUGUUUGUGGGCGACGGAAUGGGCGGGCCUACUGUGACGGCAACCAGGAUUCUCAGGGGCCAAACCAUGGGCCAAACGGGCGAGGAAACCGUUCUGGAGUUCGAGAAAUUUCCAAAUGUAGGAUAUUCAAAGACAUACUCUCAGGACAGACAAACGACCGAUUCUGCAGCAACAGCGACUGCCCUGCUGUGCGGAGAGAAAACAAAUUACCGUUUGAUAGGCUUAAACGACCAAGCUAGGGAUGGGCAGUGUGCAAGCCAACAUGGAAACGAAAUUACUUGUGCAUUUGAAUGGUUCAGAGCAGAUGGUCGGUCUUUGGGUUUGGUCACCACAGCGAGGGUCACACAUGCUACGCCUGCAGCAGCGUACGCCAAAUCGGCGUCACGUAACUGGGAGGUAGACGGUGAUAUGGUGGGCGUUACUGGAGGGUGUAAAGAUAUCGCCUCACAACUCAUUUAUAAUAAUAGUGAUAUAAAGGUUAUAUUAGGUGGAGGACGUCAGUUUUUCCUUGGAAAAGAUGAUUAUGAUCCUGAACUGAAUGACGGAAAUUCUGGUAAACAACGACAGGAUGGUGUCAACUUAAUACAGGUUUGGCAAAAAGAUAAGGAAAUGAAGAAUGCUAACGCAAGGUACGCCUGGAAUAAUGAACAGUUCGACGCAAUCGACCCUGCAACCACGGAUUACAUUCUUGGUCUGUUUGAGGCAAGUCACAUGCAAUACGAUUUAGACAGAAAUAAAGGCCCAAAGGGGGAACCAUCUCUAGCAGCGCUGACUCAGAAAGCUAUUCGGGUUCUUCAGAAGAACCAAGAUGGCUUCUUUCUGUUAGUGGAAGGAGGUCGCAUUGACCAUGCCCACCAUGAAAAUAACGCCAAGCGCGCGUUGUAUGAUGGUUUAGCCUUCGAGGAUGCUGUAAAAAUUGCUACAAAUAUGACCGACGAAAACGAUACACUCAUAAUUGUAACGGCUGACCACGCCCACGUCUUCAACAUCGCAGGUUAUCCAACACGAGGCAACAACAUUUUUGGCAUAGUUGACAAUGACGAAGAUGAAAAUGGGCCACAUUUCACCACCCUACUUUACGGAAACGGUCCAGGUUACCGUGCGGGAGCUCAAACCGAUGUGCAUGCUACAGAUACGACUGAUAACGACUAUUUACAAUCUGCCGCGGCUCCACGUUUCGAGGAUUCACACGGUGGACAAGAUGUAGGAAUCUAUGCACGCGGACCAAUGGCUCACCUGAUACACGGGGUUCACGAACAACAUUACAUCGCGCAUGUUAUGUCAUACGCCGCAUGUGUUGCAGACAAUAGAAAUCGAUGUAAAGGUAUAGUGACAACAACUCCUACGACCUCCGGAGCCGGAAAUAACGACGUCAGCAAGAUAUAUCUAUUUACGGCAACUUUCGUGGCAUGCUACUUCUUGUGCUAUUAG